AUGCCUAACCUGCCCAGGACCAAUUUCAGCUUUACCACCUUUUUGCUGACUGGUUUCCCAGGUCUGGAGUGGGCUCACUGCUGGAUCUCUCUGCCCAUCUUUGCAGGCUACCUAGUGGCUGUCCUGGGCAACAACCACCUAGUGCGCACUGAGAACUCCCUGCACCAGCCCAUGUACUACUUCCUGGCGAUUCUGGCAGUGACAGACUUGGGUCUGUGCAUGUCGACUCUGCCCACCGUGCUGGGUGUGCUGUGGUUUGAUGCACGGGCCAUUGGGCUGGUGUCCUGCAUUCUCCAGCAGCAUUUCCUCCAUUCCUUCUCCUUUAUGGAGUCUGCUGUCCUCUUUGCCAUGGCCCUGGACCGCCUGGUGGCCAUUCGCUUCCCACUGCGCUAUUCCAGCAUCCUCUCUGGCCCCCGUGUGGCCCUGGCUGGGGCAGUGCUGGGUUUGAGGAGUGCUGCUAUCACAGCAGCCCCCUCACUCCACUUGUUCACUUUCCAGUAUUGUCACCCUGGGGCCCUCUCUCAUGCCUAUUGUGUACACCAGGACAUGAUCCGGCUGGCCUGCUCUGACACACGCUUCAAUAGCAUCUACGGCCUGUGCCUUAUCAUGUUGGCCAUGGGCUCUGAUGUGCUCUUUAUCCUGGUCUCCUACACCGUUAUCCUCUGCACUGUGCUCUCCAUCGCCUCUGCCAAGGAGAGACUCAAAGCCCUUAACACAUGUGUGUCCCACAUCCUGGCCGUGCUGUGCUUCUAUGUGCCUGUGCUCGGCUUGUCCAUAGUUCACCGCUUUGGGCGCCGUGCUUCUCCCAUUGUGCAUGUGCUGAUGGGCACAGUCUCAGUGCUCUUCCCACCCUUGAUGAACCCUGUGAUCUACAGUGUCAAGACCCAGCAAAUCCGCCGAGCCAUCCUCAAGGUGGUCUCUUUGGGGAAACUCCAAUGAGGGACUUAGAACGUGCCAUGGGCAAAAUGCUGAAGACUCUUCAGAAGUAUCCUGUAUUCCAGCAAUGAUUUAUUUAAUAUUAUUACUUUAAAAGGAGGCGAUGAUACAUGAACUAUACUCUGAAGACUUCUAUGCAGCUUUUGAAUCUAGAAUACAGUGAUUUCAAUAGUCCAAGACAUAUGUGAGAAAGGCGUGUUUUAAGGUAGUGACUGAAUAAGUGGAGAAAAGAGAGUAGAUUAAAAAUAUUAUAGUGGUAAAAGCACUGAUCUAGGACAUUGAUUAGACAUGAAAAAUUGAAGAGGAUCAUGAGGCAUAGAGGCUGGAAGUCUAGGAAGUUGAUAGUAUCAUCAAUACAUGAAUCAAUUAGGAAGAGUGGCAGGGGUCUUUUAUUUUGGUGUUUUGGGGGUUAGGAAGUCAGGGAUGAUAAUGGCAUGUUUUUUGUAAAUAUGGAAUUUGAAAUCACUAUGGGAUAAGUAGGUAAGAAUGUUCUUUAGGUCAUUGGAAUUGUGGUGUAAGAAUUUAUAGGAGCAAUUUAGGGUAGAGGUGUUUCUAUGAGAUUUAUCAACAUGGAAGUGAUCACUCAAGUUAUAUAAAUAGGCAUGGUCAACAAUGGAGAGAGUAUAAUGAGAGAGAGGAGACAGAGGAAAAGGACAGAGACUUUAGUAAGAAGCCAACAAAAGAAAGGGUCCUUGGCAGGCCUGUACUAAUCUGAGUUUUCCCUAUCUUCAUCGUUAAUAUUGGUCAGACACUAUCAUCAUCAUCAUCAGUGGAUGGAUACAGAGUAGAAUGUCCGGCCUGGAGUCAGGAAAUCCUGAGUUCAAAUCCAUCCUCAGACGCUUAAAGCUGUCAUUUCUUGUUUGCCUCAAUUUCCUCAUCUGCAAAAUGAGGAGGAGAAGAAAAUGUCACACUACUCCAAAAUGUUUGGCAAGAAAACGCAUGACUGAAAAACAACUGAACAACAAUUAUGUAAAACUUUUCUGAAGGAUGGAGAAUUGUACAAAUUGAAAUAAGUUCAUUUAGAUUCAA